CUGGUCCUCCCCUUCGUGCUGGACAUUGAAGAUUGGACUACUUCCCCGACGCGCCCUUAGCACUUAUUGCGGAUCCCGGAUUUCUCCUGCCCAUCUCUAUUACCCUGUGUCGGCUCCCUUGAUCUUCGCCGGGUACCUCCAGACCCCCAGGGCGGACGGAGUCGGGGCCCCUUCGAGAGUGUCCCUUCGGACCAAGCUGAACGCGCUAUGAGGCUGCAGGCGCUCGAUCUCCGGUUACUGGUGCUACUGUUGGUUUUUCUGCUUCAGCCUGUGCACGGGACUCCCAGGGCGCAGGACGUGAGCCUGGGCGUGGACUGGCUGACUCGCUAUGGCUACCUGCCGCCGGCUGAUCCUUCCCAAGCCCAGCUGCAGAGCCUUGAGAAGCUGGAGGAUGCGAUCAAAGUCAUGCAGAGAUUUGCCGGCCUGCCUGAGACAGGUCAAAUGGACACAGAAACAGUAGCUGCCAUGCAUAAGCCCCGCUGCUCCCUGCCUGAUAUUCUCGGGGCUGCUGGGCUGGUCAGGCGCCGACGUCGCUAUGCUCUGAGUGGCAGUGUAUGGAAGAAGCGCACCCUGACAUGGAGUAUCCAGUCCUUCCCUGAGAGCUACCAGUUGAGCCAGUCGACCGUGCGGGCCCUCAUGAGUUACGCCCUGGCUGUCUGGGCUGUUGAGUCAGGCCUUACCUUCCAGGAGGUGGAUUCUCAGCAUCAGGAGCCCGACAUCCUUAUCCAUUUCUCCCGGGGCUACCACCAAGACAGUUACCCCUUUGAUGGACCCGGUGGCACCCUGGCUCAUGCCUUCUUCCCUGGAGAGCACCCCAUCUCUGGAGACACUCACUUCGAUGAUGAGGAGACCUGGACUUUUGGGUCACAAGAUGGUGAAGGAACCGACCUGUUUGCAGUAGCAGUGCAUGAGUUUGGCCAUGCUCUAGGCCUUGGUCACUCUUCUGCUCCCGACUCCAUUAUGAGGCCCUUCUACCAGGGCCCAGUGGGUGACCCUGACAAAUACCGCUUGUCCCGAGAUGACCGUGAUGGAUUGCAGCAGCUCUAUGGGAAAGUGUCCCAUACCCCGUAUGAUAAGCCCACAAGGAAACCCUUGGCUCCACCUCCAGAGCCUCCAGCCUUGCCCCCUGACAGCCCCUCCACACCUGUGCCUGAUCGCUGUGAGGGCAAUUUUGAUGCUAUUGCCAAUAUCCGAGGGGAGACCUUCUUCUUCAAAGGCCCCUGGUUCUGGCGCCUCCAACCCUCAGGACAGCUGGUGUCGCCCCGACCAGCUCGGCUGCACCGCUUUUGGGAGGGGCUGCCCACCCACGUGAGGGUCAUCCAGGCUGCUUAUGCCCGACCCCUAGAUGGCCGAAUCAUCCUUUUCAGCGGCUCCCAGUUCUGGGUGUUCCAGGACCGACAGCUGGAGGGCGCAGCGCGGCCACUGGUAGAGUUUGGGCUUCCCCCGGGAGAAGAAGUGGAUGCUGUGUUUUCUUGGCCUCUCAAUGGCAAGACCUACCUGAUCCGAGGCCAGCAGUACUGGCGGUAUGACGAAGCGGCUGCCCGCCUAGACCCUGGCUACCCACGCGUCCUGAGUCACUGGGAGGGGGCGCCGUCCGCCCCAGACGACGUCACUGUCAGCAACACAGGUGACACCUACUUUUUCAAGGGCACUCUUUUCUGGCGCUUUGCGAAGGGCAGUGUCAAAUCUGAGUCGGAUUCCCCCCAGCCCAUGGGGCCCAAGUGGCUGGACUGCCCUGCCCCCAGCUAUGACCCUCAAGUCCCCAACCGCCCGAAAAUGACACCCAGAACCGGAACCUGUGAUUGUCAGUGCGAACUCAAUCAAGCCACAGGGCCGCUGUCAGUGACCCUCCUGCUGCCCCUCCUGCCCUUCCUGACUGGAGUUGUCUUUUCUUGCUAAAACCUGGUCCUUCCUAGCAGAUCAGCUUCCUAAACCGAAGAGCGUCUCUGGCAGCUGGACCUAGUGUAGGGUCGUGAGAUGCUGCAGAGUCUCACUGUCUGUUCCCACGGGGAAAUCAGGCUCACAGAGCUGGGCGGGUUCCUAGCAGAAGCCUGUGGACGCUUUGAUGGGGGGAUGGUGGUACCCAAGCCUGCUUGCUAUUAGGGCACAGG